CGUCGCGUCGAGAAUCUUGUUUGAUCUUGCUACUGCUGUUUUUGCAGUUUGUCAAGAUUCUCUUUGAAUUAAUCGAGCAAUUUCGAGAUGAACGCGAAAGAAAACUCCACGGCAUCGAUGGCGAAAGGUACAAACGCAUCGAACGUGAAACUCUACGGCAAGAUCGUGUUGACGUUGCAAAAUUGUCUCCUGCCUGAGGAAAAAUUCAACUCUACCCCAUCGCAUCUGGAUGGACUGGAUGCGGAAACCGAAACGGACUUGCGGAUACUGGGAUGCGAACUUAUACAGACAGCCGGUAUCCUCCUAAAAUUACCGCAGGUGGGUUUUCACACGGCAAUAAUCGGAACCUAUCUCGAUUUUUCCUAA